GGCGCAGCAGCGAUCGAGCAGGGCCAGCUCCGAAUCGUCCGAGGGCAGGAGCGCGGCACUUAUCGGGAAGCGGUUCGACGAGAGCGCGACGGGCAUGGCCUUCUGGGGGCCAGCCAAGCCAACGGCCGCAGGGGGGCGCAGCGCAAGCGUCGCGAUCGCCUUCCCCACGCGCCUGCCAGUGGCGCCGGCACCAGGGCAGCCCAAGUGGGACAUCAGCCCGCGCGGCAGCGAGGGGAGGCUGGCGAUGGCGCUGAUCACCAUCCCAGGGCUGGGCCAGCUCGCCACCUUCAGCAUCUACCUGUUCACUGGCAGAGGUUUCGCGCACCACCCGAACGUGGCCAUCCUCGACGUGAUCACGGAGUGGAUCAUCAAGCUGCGCGUUCCCUGGCUUGUGGGCGGCGACUGGAACAACGAGCCCGCGGGGCUGGAGUGCAGCCCGUGGUUCAAGGAGGUGCGAUGCUGCAUCAAGGCCACCACGCACAGCACCACGCACAGCGAGGGCACGUGCAAGAGCAGCACGGCGGAGCAGAGCACUCUCGACUACUUCUGGAUGGACGAAAAGUUGGGCCAGGCCUUCGUGGUGAAGGCGAUCGACGAGCCCCGGCAGUGGCCCCUGCAGCGACCAGGCACUAAUGAGGAGCACGAGGCUCAGACACACCCCGCCGUCGAAGUGUUGGAAGGCCCCCCCGCGGCCCAGCGGCUCAACGAGGCGUGGCGUCGGUUCUGCAACCUCGCGGACCUCCAGCUGCAGACCAUCUGCAAGCUCACAGAGGAGCAGGCCGCCAAGUACAAGGGACGCGGGGCAGCGCCCAAGCUGAUUGACAAAAAGCUGUGCCCCAAGUGCCCCAGUGCGGUCGCCAGCCGUGUCCCAGUGCGGUCGCCCGCUUGGGCCUGGAGGUGGCUGGCGGUGGAGGUCUCUUGGCUCGGAGUGUCAGCUUGUCGGGUCCUCCAGGACGAGGGCACAGAGGAGCACCCCGUGACCUCGGGCGGCAAACGCGGCGAGACCCAGGCCAACA